AUUAAUAUGGCUACUGAGUUUGUUGUCAUAACACGAAAUAUCAGCUGGUGGAGUUUGGCGUAAAGUGUACGGACAACUAAUUGUGUUAUAUUGUUAUCUUUUGCCCAGCAGAUGAAAAAGAAAAUAUUUAUCCAUGAAUAUCAGCGUUCUGAAGCAUAUCAGCGCCGGUAAUUUGUGUUUAUUACUGUUGUGUUUUAUAUGAGAAAUGUUAAGAAGUUGUUAGAAAUAUGAAUACUUACAGAUUUUGAAAAAUAUUAGGACAUUUGUGCAUACUGACCAUGAGUAAUUCAAAUUUGGAGAAAGCAGCUACCAGCAUACUUUGUCGUGCUGUUGAGCUAGAUGAGAAGCAUCGUUUCACUGAAGCACUGGUUUGUUACCAGGAGGGUCUACAACUUCUGGUGAAUUUUCUCAAAACUGAAGGAAAUGCCCAGAAAAAGUCAGCUGUGCGUGGGAAGAUUGAAAGUUAUAUGCAGCGUGCAGAGAAACUGAAAAAACAUAUAGAAACACAGAAAGAUGCUGGUAGUUUCCAUGAACAAGUUGUGAUUGACAAUGAUUCAAGAGGUCAUAGUUACAAAAGUGUCUUUGGCCGUUUCCUUGAUGCAGAUGUUACAGGAGUCAGAGUAGAGGAUCCUUAUAUUAGAACAUUUCAUCAGUGCCAGAAUUUUCUUCGUUUAUGUGAGUUGCUGCUACAAUCCUGCAACAAUUUGAAGAGUAUUGUGUUGGUUACAUCAUCUCCACUUCAAGUGAAUGAGCAUACUAAUCAGAUGAAGUGGCUGCAGGAUAUUAGAACAAGUCUUCUGAAAGAGAAUGUUGAACUUGUUGUACAGCUUUCUCCAACACUUCAUGAUCGACAGAUUAGAUUGGACAAUGGGUGGAUCAUUAAAAUUGGUCGAGGACUUGACUAUUUCAAACCACCAGAAAAUAAAUUUGCAGUUGGGAACUUUGAACUUGACUUCAGAUAUUGCUACCAGACCACAGUUGACAUUUAUCAUUCAAAGAAAUAAAAGCUAAAUGAUGUCCCAUGUCACAUUCCAGGAUGCCACAGUGCAGAAUAAUGACUGCUGACACUCAGGAAAUGUCUGUGUUUGUCUUUUACUUAAUCAACCAGUGCACAAAGAAGGUGUUAUUUCAAUUUAGUAUAAGCUGAACUCUUCAGAAGCGUACAAUCUAAAGAGAGAGUAUUUAUUUGUGAAUUAUUUAAUUCUUACGUAAGUCUGUGGGCUUUCAUGGCCAGUUUAAUUACUGAUAGAACAUUGAACUCUAUACUGAAUUUGAUUAUUUAUGGCACAUACAGUGAUGUGGAGUUCACUAUGUUAGAGGGAAAAAAAGCCGAGACCUUUGGGUGACUUACACACAUAUAGAUGGAAGUUCCUCACAGGGGAUAAACAACAGCACCUGAAGAAGACUGCAGGGAAGACGUGAGUAACCAGCAGAAACCUGAUUAAUCAACAUGACAAUGCCUCGCUGGGAAAGCUUGAAGAAUUACAACAUAAUUGUGGUUAAAUUUUUUUGUAUGACUUGAUAUUAGCUAGAUAAGAGACUGACUGCUCAGUUCAGGUCAGAAAAUACUAUUUCUGCAUCAUGAAUAUUAUUUGAAACAAACACAUGAAAACAGUGUUUGAAUAUCAUAUUUACACACACAGUGGUUUGUAUUUAUAUGAACUAACUAAAAGUACAAAAUUUAAAGUUGUCAUUAUUUGACAAUGGCACUGUAGUUACUGUGUUUGACUGCAAGUUAAUGUCUUCCAUCAGUUUGUGAGCCUGUUGUCGAAGAAAACUGGUGCUGAUAGCUAGCCACACUGAUUCACGUUCAGACACCUUUUUAUAAUAGCAGUUCCUUGCCCAAAGUUUACAUUUUGUGCCAAUAAUGAUCUUUGUGUAAGUGUUACAAUGUAAAACCUUAAAAUAUUUAGGGACCACAUGUAUUUUUAAGGAGUAUUGCUUGUACAUGAAUUGUGAAUUUUACAUUUUUGUUAACUUUAAUUAUAUUUUAUCUGGAGUUCCUAAAUGAUGAUGGGUAGGUAGGAAGUGUGUUAGUAAUCAUACCCUUAAAGCAGAUUUGCUAGACUCCAUUCAGAAAACAAAAUGCUGGUUCCCACAGUUGUCCUUUCAUGCAAGUUUAAACUGAGUAACAGUGACCGAGUGGACUAAACCAAGACUUAGUAGCACACAUCUGGUAAACAUGCACAGAGGAAGCUUCAGCUAUUUACGAAUGAAACAUUUAUAUUGAAACUUAAAUAUUUGUUACUUCAGUUGCCAGCUUUUUGGUCUGUUGACUGAAGCUUGUGUACUUAUAUAAUUUUAACAAGGUCAUGUGGGACUUUGGAUCCAUACUGUAAUAUUAAAAGAUUUUUUUAA